AUGCUGUACGGCGCUGCCUCCAGGACGGCAGUUUGGCGCGGCGCGCAAGCGCGGCGGUUAGAUUCGAAUUGCAAGGCGGCAGUGGCGGCUCAGCCCCAUGGGCGCUGAGGGGCCGGGAGUCAGCGGCGGAGAGCGGCCGUGAGUGUACUGUAUUUUAUAGGAGAAACACUUCUUGCAGAAAUGGACAAAAUUUAUGUGGACUCUAACGUGGAGAACGAUAACACAGAGCAUAUCAGAGGAAAACGACUGUCCUCUAUACUAAAGGCUCCACGAAAUCCUCUUGAUGAUCUAGGAAAUGGGAAUGAACUCACUCAGGAUCUCAACAUAGAAAAACGUAGGAAAAGUUCCCGACGUGUCAGCUUUGCCGACACCAUAAACUGCAGGGUCUUCCAUCGAGAUCUUAAGAAUAAUGCAGCAGAAAGAGAAAAUGAAGCAGAAGAUACGGAAAAUCAUGUCCUGCUUAAUCAAAAUGAAGAACCUGAAGCUGUUCCAUGUGAGAUUACUGGGAUGAACACUUUGCUUCAUGCCCCUAUCCAGUCAUCAGUGCAGCAGACUGAGUGCCAUGAUGUGGACAAUGCUAUUCCGAGAACAGAUAGGCCUGAUACAACACUCAUCUUCUCAGACGAAAAUGAAAUGGAUAUGACAACUAGUCACACUGCAGUGAUUGCACGUAACCUGAAUAACAGUGAAACUGCCAAAACUGAAAAAAUAGAUAUUGUAUCAUUUCUGGCCGAGUUAAACUCUAUCAACAGAAAGGCAGAAAAAAGCAAAGAUUUUCAUUUUUCCUUUGCUGGAGACCGUUUUUGCCCAUCUUUUGAACAGAAGGAAGAUGCUGCUACAAGAAAGAAAAUAAAUUCUAAUGAUUUUUUUAUGAACUCAAAUGAAAAAGCACUUAAUCCUAUUGAAGGACCUGAAAAAGAGAAUAUUUUUUUUGUCCCUUCACAAGUUUCAGAAAACAUGGCACAAUCAUCGUAUGUAUGUUCCCAUGAACAGCUAGCCACCUGCAAUGUAACAAAAAUAUUUGGAGAGCAAGAUGAUGGAAUGGAAAUGACAAAAUGCCAGGCAUCUGAUAUUCAAAAUAUGCAUUCUGGUCUUUGUGAGAUUCCGACAGAGCAGUUACCAUCUGCAGAUGUUACUCAGGCAUUUGCAGAUGAUGAAAUGGAUAUGACAACUAAUCACACUGCAAAAAUGCAUUUUCCCUUUGCCGUUGUAAGUAAUCAAAAUUUAAACUUCAAAAAGGAUUUCUCGUCCUUGGAGCUAGAUAACUACUCUGUCCUAAAGAGAACAUCUCACAAGAAAGAGGAGACCAGAACACUGUCUUCCAUCCCAGGAUCAGUUUUUUCUGAGACUGUCUUCCGAGAUGAUAGAACUGUUGUUUUUUCUCAAUGUGAUGACAUGAAAAUUACUGGGAAUUACAGAGAUGUAGUCUAUAAUGCAAGUACCAAAGGAACGAACAGUUCAUGUUAUAAGGCUUUUGAAAAACCAGUUAGCAGAAAUUUGUUGCUAGUAGAAAGAAGACAUCCAAUAAAUAGUGACUAUACAAGAAGUCUGUCUUUAGAUGAUAGAACUUCUCUUUCACAUAAGAAUAGUGCACGUGAACUAUCUUCAGGCUCGGAUGGACAAAAUGAAAGAGUAAUCCAAGAUCACAGUACUGCUUCAUUGAACGCUGGUUUCAAUUCAUGUUCAAAUUCAGUGUCUACUGGUUCCUCUAAGGGUAGGCUUCAGGACAGACUAACAAACUCCCUACUUGUUUCACAAGGUGAGAAAACUGCAAUAUUUUCAAGAACAGAUGUGGACUUGACUAAAAAUUGUGUUGGCAAGGGUGAUAGAAGGGAUAUUGAAAGUGAAUCCCCUGGAAUGUCCAGCUCUAUCACUAGCAAACCGCUUUUUCUUGAUAUUAGGUCUGUAUCUUCCAAUUUAAGGGAGCAGGAAAAAAUGGAAAUAACUAAAUGUCAUGCAGUUGUCAGUGGUGAUCAAAGAAUUGGGAUAACCACAGAAGCAAAACAAAUGAAUUGUAAAAUAAUUCCAAGUAAGAACCAGAACAAUAAUUUUAGUGAUGCUGCAUGUCCUUUGGAUAGGGACAAGGAAAAUCUUGAGGCAAUUGGUAUUGAUGUGAGUAUUAGAAGAAGCCAGGCUAUAGAAAUGAGUGCUAAAGGUGUUGAGGUGGUAACAGUCAAUAGGAUGCUUGGAAAAACAGGCUUUCAGGCUAGUAGUCUGACUUCCUGUGCAAAUAGCAUGUGUUCAUUCCAGGAGCAAAAGAGGAAAGUCUCUGAAAAUACUGUCACUGACAAAUACGCAUUCAUGUAUUUGCAAAAUGAAAAAGUUUCUGUAUCUCAGCCUUUGGGAAAUAAACUUAUGAAUUCUUCAGUUUCCUGCGCAAAUGACAAAAGAGAUGUGUUUUCAGAUGAUGAAAACAUGGAUAUAACCAAAGCUCAUUCUUUGGCUGUUACUCCUAUUAAUAUAGAACAAGAAAAUGAUAAUUCUCACGUUCAAAAUAAUGUAAAAGCCAAGCAGCUGCAAAACCAGACCUUCCAGUUUUCUGAUAGUUCUGGCAUAGAUCAUACGAGUCAAGCUGCUGCAAUAGAACAUGAAGAUGUCAAAGUGAGCUCAAAGAAAGAAACUGUUGCUCAUUUAGCUCCAAGUGGUUUCUUUGUUUCCAGUAAUGAGCUUGCUCCCUCUGGAAAUAAAAGAGACGCACAACCUGGAAAAAUAUUGGGAAUAAUCUCAGAUUGCCAAGACACUGACAGGCAUGAGAAAACGCAUCCUAUGAUGGUAGUAAACAAUGUAUCAUCAACUGCAGAAGAUUUUGAGAGAAAUUUUUUGAUCAGUAAAACAGUUUCUUCAGAAAGGGGUUUUAAUCAUCCUCAGUCAGGUGAUGACCUACGUUUGAGGGGUGUUGAAGAGAGGUCACUAGCCAGCAAUUCUAAAGAACUUAGGGGAAGUUCCCAGUUGCCUUCCUUUUUGGAAAAGUCAGUUGUAUUUCCCUCUGGUGAAAACAUGGACUUGACUGAAAACUGUGCAGUAGUGGCUCCUGAUCAAAACAUCUGUACUCUUUUCCCAGGAAGAAAGGCAGCACAAGGACAUAUUGAAGAUAAAAGUAAAAUAUCCUUAAAAAAAGAGGUAAUGAUGACAAACAAUCAGGAGCAGCCUGAGUGUAAUAUGUACACCUUGGUAUCUGAUAAGAAAAUGUUAACUGUGACUGGUAUAAAGCAUUUGCUUUCUGUAGAUGAGAAAACUACCAUCUUUUCAGAAGAUGCUAAUAUGGACAUCACUGGAAAUCAUACAGCUUCAGCAGACAAAACAAUUUUGCAGCCUGAAACUUUGAACAAUGACAUACCCUUCAUUUCUGAAGAUAAAACUUCUGUUUUUACAAAAAACAAUGACAUGGAAAUAAGUAGGCUUGAUUCUGUUGCAGCUGAUAACUCUAUGGAAAAGGCUGCAUUUCAAGGGAUACUUAGCAGAACUAAUGGAACUAGAAGGAAAAGCUUGAAGGGAACAAUAGGGGAAAAGACUGUUUUAUUUUCACUGAGUGAGAAUAAUGACAUGAACAUCACAGAGGGACUUACAGCAGCAAUAAGCCAUGAAAUUGUCUCACGAAAUGAGGUAGGGCUUCCUUCUCCAUCUUCAGUUCGUCCUGUUACAACUGUUACAUUCACAAGUAACCAGGCUGAAACAGACAUUAAGUCUUGCUCUGCUAAUAAAAUUACUGUAAAAGUUCCAUGUGAUGAUGCGUUGAUCUCGGAUAAAAUUGUUGGACAGGAAGUUCCUUCAAACAGAGAAGCUACUACGUUUGCUAUGGAUGAUAUGGAAAUCACUAAAGCCCAUAAUGUAUCUUUAAAAGAAAAUCUGCAAAUUAGUCAACCCAAUCAAUCUGUUCCUUUCACUUCCUCAGUUAUGUUUACAAGUGACUCGGCUGACAUGGAGAUAACUGAGUAUCACCCUGUGGAUGGGAGAUUUGAAAGGGAUUUAUGUGAGAAUAGAUUAAAUCUGCCCACACAGGUUGUACAGGAGGCUCUUUCAGGUAGCAAAACAGUCAUUUUUCCUUUGGCUGAGAAUAUGGACAUUACUAAAACUCAUGAUGUAUUAAGUGGUAAGAUCGGUGUAUGGAAUGGAAGGUCCAUUCCAGCCAUUUCUGCAGUUCCUGCUGAUAAGACCAUUGUUUUUUGCCACAGCCAAGAUGAUAUGGAAAUAACUUCAUCAAAUACUAUUGCUGUUAAUAACAAUACUGAAGGAUCUGAGAAUCAAGAAGCGUCACAUAAAAGCACUCAACAACCAGACUUGCAUAGUGCGUCAUCAUCCUCUUGCAGAGAUGAAAUGGAUUCUCUGCAAAUAAAAGACCUGAAUGGCGGGGAUCAUAAAAUAUCUAAUACUAAGCCCUCAAUUCCUUCUGCUUCAUCCCCCUCAGCGUCACCUACUGAGAAAGGACCUAUCAAAGUCCACAAUACCAGAUCUGGCACAAUACCAGAUUCCACUUAUUCUGUCUCGAUUCCAAAAGAUGCUUUGGAUGUCCAGGCUCUACAGGAUCUUGACCUUUCCACAGAAAAUUCAAUUCCUAUAAACAAUGAGCAGGAUAUUUUACAUCCAGGAGCAAUGAAAUCAAGGAGAGUGUCUUUAAAGCUGCGAGGUAAUGACCCCUUGGACUGCAGUGAAGAAAGCGAAGUUGUAGUAUCCCAUGUUUUUCUUCCUGCUCAGCACUCAGAUUCUUUGGAGGGUCCUCCAGGUGCACUUAGUACUCAGAGAAAUCAAGUAUUGAAAGAUGAUUCAUCUAGACAUGAAGAUCUAGCUACAGAUUUAGCUGUGGAUGGAGCAGGCAUUGUUCCAGUUUCUAUCAAAGAAUCGGAGGAAAAUGUGCUGUCAGCUGAAGGAGAGGCAACAGAAUUCCAAAUAAACUCUAAACAAACUAAGCAUCUUUCAGCUAGUGAUAGUCUGAGAGACCCAAUAGAUCUUGUGCCUAAAUUAUCAGAUAUUUUAAAUAUUUGUUCAAAACUGGAAAAUAUUAGAAGGAAAUCUGUAGUUGUUUCUGAAACUGUUCUUUCUGACCACUUGCUGAAGUUACCAACUCAGCCAGAGGAUACCUUGAGGUUAGGAAAAAAUAGCAUAAAUGAACAAAGAUUAUGUUAUGCCAAAGAGCAAGAAAAUGCAUGUCUUGAAUCUGGAACUGCUCCCAUAGAUGCAGAUGUAGGUGUGGCACUUACGGACAAGUAUAAAAGAAGUGUCUCUCUAGGUAUCUUUCAGCCUAAACUACCGAACAGAAAAAAUCCUUCUGUUUCUAGUGUGCAAGACAUAAAUGUGAAAUCUUCAGGCAAAGUAGAAUCACCAGUUCCAGAAGUAAAUCUGAACACCAUUAAAGCUCCAGGUUAUGAUAACUCUAGUAGGCAGAACUUCAGCCCUUCUCAGUUUAUAGCAGAAGAAUUUCUUCCUGUCUGCCCAGAAGAAAUGGAUUCAAAUGAUUCUGUAAGCUCUGAAUUUGUGGAAGAAGCUUGCAAUAACGGAAACCAAAGAGAAAUCUCCCACAAUGAAAAGAUUCAAGUUGAAGAGACAAAAAGUUGCAACAACGCAAAAAGAGCUUUGAAAUAUGUUGAGGAGGAUCUUCAAAGUCUAAAGAAGCUCAAGAUGGAUGAAAUCGUGGUUGAUGGGACUUCCCAAGACUUACAGGUUACUUAUGGCCCUGUACCUGAAAGCCACAUGGAAGUUGUUGAAAGUGAAGUUUCUCCAAAUCUAUCAGCUAAAAACUCUGACUGUACUCAUGCCAACAGCAGCAGCUCUGUAGAUUCUGUUAAGGCUGACACAGAAUUAACAAUUCGACGAAGCAGUCAAAUGGAGUCGCAGCUUCUCACAGAUAGCAUUUGUGAAGAUAAUUUGUGGGAGAAAUUUCAGAGUGGUGUCAUCACAGUUGGGGAGUUUUUUACUCUUCUUCAAGUUCAUGUUCCAAUUCAGAAGCCCCGGCAGAGUCAUAUUCCAGCCAGCUGUGCUGCCAGUGCUCCACCUACUCCAGAAGACCUGAUUCUCAGCCAAUAUGUUUAUCGUCCCAAGAUGCGUAUUUAUGAAGAAGAUUGCCAGGUUCUUUCUCAGAUGAUAGAUGAAUUAAAACAGUAUGUAAGUGUCCAGGAUCAACCACUGGUGAAUGUGAAUAAGAGUUUAUGGGAAGUAAUGAGAACCUGCUCUGAUGAAGAGCUAAAGAGCUUUGGAACAGAACUAAACAAAAUGAAAUCCUAUUUCAUCAAGGAAAGUAAAAUCCUGGCUCACAAUGAGAAAGAGGCAUUAUACAGCAAAUUGCUGCAGAGUGCACAGGAACAAUAUGAAAAGCUCCAAUCAAGAAUAGCAAAUAUGGAUGAAUUGCUUAAGGAGGCAGAAAGUUGUCUUGCAGAUCUGGAAGCAGAUGCCAAAUGGGAAGAAUGUGAAACAGACUGCAGUGAUGAUAAAAUGGAAGAAGAGGACUCAGAAUCAAGAAAACUAGAAGAAGAAUUGGGAAGCCUCAAAGCUCAAGAAGAAGAACUUCAGAGAGAACUGUCAGAUCUGGAAACUGAGAAUGAGCAAACGCUUGCUCAGAUGAAGCACCUACAGGAAGAUGAAAAGAGCUGCCAGGAACUCCUGGAGAGAUGCAACUUCACUGAGUGGGAGAUCAGUGAAUGGAGUGAACGACAGGCAGUCUUUAAUUUUCUUCAUGAUUCCAUUGAACUCACAGUUGUGUUUGGAACCCCAGUAGAUGGUGAUGUUUUUGGUGAAAAUCCUUCCAGAAAAAUAGUUAGCCUGAGCUUUGAAUCUCUCUUGGAUGAGGAAAAAGCUCCACUCUCCUCAUGUUUAGUCCAAAGACUCAUAUUCCAGUUUAUUGAAAGUCAGGGAUGCUGGCAGGAAAAGUGUCCCAUGCUGCAAUACUUGCCCCAGGUGCUUCACAAUGUCUCUUUGGUGGUAAGUCGUUGCAGGAUCUUAGGAGAGGAGAUUGAGUUUCUGGAGAAAUGGGGUGGAAAAUACAAUCUUCUCAAGACAGAUAUCAUCGACACAAAUGUGAAGUUCCUCUUCUCCACUUCCACUGCUUUUGCAAAGUUUGAGUUAACAUUGUCUUUAUCAUCCAACUACCCAUCUUCUUCGCUGCCUUUCACUGUUGAAAAAAAAAUUGGGAAUAUUGGACAUGAGGAAGUUUCUGCUGUUCUCUCCAAAGUACCUAUUGGUUACCACUAUCUCCGAAGAAUGGUGAGCUUGAUUCAUCAAAAUCUGCUCCAGGAUCCCAGAUGAUUGUUUAGGUCUACAUGCAGGACUGAAGAAGUCAAGAGGACAUUCUUUGACUUAUGUAUUGUAAGAAUGCGUGGUCUCUCACUAGUCGUCUUGGCUUCCCUCUAUAGUCUUCCCUAGAAUGGCUAUUUGUAUUACUUAGCUUGUUAAUUUUGUUCUAGAUUGAUUUACAGAGCUCUUACAUAAAAUGGUGAUGAUGAAUUUCUAAAUUCAUCUAAAUUCUAAAUGUGCCUGGAAUUUUCUUUUGCUAUCAUUAUUUCACUACUGUGCAACAUUCUAACAUACUGCAUCAGUUUUAAUUCUCAUCAGUUUCCUGGAACCUCUCCCAAAAUGCUGAAAUAAUGGUCUUGCUUAUGAUGAAUCAAAUAACUGGUAAUAAUUAGACAGCUGGCCAAAAUUGGAAAGACUUCUGAUAUUGAAGACUACAGAUCCUUGUGGUUAAUCAUGAACUCUUCUGGGUGCUACAGACUCAAAACCAUCAGUUCAAUCGACGCAAGUUUUUCAAAAACUUUGUUCUGACAUUCUGUGUACAGGCUUGGUUGGUACAGUGCAGUCUCCCUCCUGCUUUAUGUACAUUGUCUGAGGAGGUAAUGACAAACUUAGUGAGAAGACUGAACUAUUUAAAUUUUAGGAGGCAUCUUUUAAUGUCAUUGGUGAAGUCCUGAUUGAUUUUAUGUAUAGUCUGUGUAUUACAUAGCUUGAGAUGUUGAAAUUGAUGUAACCCUGAUGAGUUGAUAGAGUUGGCAUGCCUACCAUUUAUAAGCUCUUCAUUCUGUAGGCAGAUAGUAUUUUUUGUAUCUGUAAAAUACAUUGAAUUUGAAAGUGUUUUUAUGUUUUUUAAGUGCAUAUAUAUU